AAUGAUCGGUUCGAUCAUGUUUUGGUGGACAUGAAUCAGAUUCUCCAUGUGAUUCUGAGACGAUCUAGAAAUACGGAGCAGGCAACCAAAUUACUAAUGGUUGAAUUGGACAUCUUGAUAGAGCGGUGCAAACCAACCCAUUCGCUAGUCUUGGCCAUCGACGGGUCUCCAGCCGCAGCUAAACUAGCCACCCAGCGAAAACGACGGUUCUCGAUUCUCAAAAACACGCAGUUCAAAAUGAAACAUUCGGAUAAAUUGCGAAUGAGUAAACAAAAACGGGCGAGGCGAAUAAGAAACUACAACAAGGAGCUCCAAUCUUUACAGCUGACGCCAGGUACGGAAUGUAUGCAAACGAUGGAAGCGGCCAUCUUAUACUGGGCUUGGCAGCGAUUACAGAGUCAAGGGAGGCCAAAUUCCCGAUUGCUACCAAGGGUUCAGAUCUACAUCUCAUCUUCUCUUGUUCCGGGGGAAGGAGAAAUCAAAUUGCUGGAAUGGAUCAAUAAUUAUAGAAGGCAUCUUUCAAGGAGACCAGGCCAAUCGAUUGCCUUGGUAGGUGGCGAUGCCGAUUUGUUGCUAGAAGCUAUGGUCAUUCCACCAUCGUGGACGCACAAUGUGUUCGUGUUGAGACCCGGGGAAGCCACGGAUAAUGUGCCGCCGAAAGAAAAUCCUGAAGACAACAGCAAUAAUAGCAAUAAAGGUGUUAUGAAGAAGAACAGGAAAAAUGAUAAAUACAACAGGAAGAACCUGAUGCACUGUACAAGUUUAUGGGAGAUGACGCUUAGUCUAGACGAUUACUGUCGAAACUACAUUCCAAAACAGUACUAUGAUCCCGAAAGCAAUCCAGAAGACCAAAACUUAAUCUUGCAAAUACGAACUGACAUGGUCCUAAUGUUCAUGUUGAAUGGCAACGAUUAUCUUCCCCGCGUGGUGGCUGUUGGAUUCCAGGGUGUUCUGACGACCUAUUUAGCCCUUCUCGAAGAAUCGAUCAAACAAAAUUUUAGCAGUCAAAAUGUCGGAUUGGUAGACCCCAACACCUUGAACUUCCGUCCAACGUUUUGCGCUGCGUUCUUCGGUAAACUUGGGUUGAAUGCGCCAUCAGAACAGCAACGCUGGAGGAGCGUCAAGCAUUCUGUUAGAAGAACCUACCAAUCGAUAUUGAACGACAUGAGCGCAAUCGGAUUUCUCCCUUCGCCGGUUAAAUUUACAUUUGUCGGCGAUAGCAACGACGCUUAUAAUGAUGAUGGAAAGGGGACUGAAUUAAGGGAGCGAGACCCUACACUGGCACAAGAAGACGAAGAGGAUAUGAUUUAUGACACGGACGACGAAGAUGACGAUGAAGAUAUGGAUGUUUUAGAAGACCAAGAUUCACUAGAAGAUAAUACUGGGAUGGAACUGCUACAGCUUUCGCUGGGAAAGAUAAACGAAGCCGAUUACCAUGAAUAUACGGUCAAAGUUAACACUUCUGUUUCGGGAGGGAUUCAGAAAGCAAAAAGUUCGUUGUCAAGAAAGGCUUUGAAGGAGUUUUCUUUAUUGGACUACGUAAAUAUGGAUGUCGAUGGGAAUGAUAUGGGAACGGACUAUGAAUGGGAGAUCAGCAAACCCGCCGAUGCUAAUGUAGAACGAUAUCUUGCAGGUCUUCUAUGGACUUUACAAACCUAUCAAGAUGGUGUUUGUCCAAGUUACCGUUACAAUUACGGCAAGUGUUUAGCACCAUCUGGUAGAGUGAUCGCCAAAUUCUUUGAAAAAGCUGUCGAAGAAAACAGAGAUGUCGGAGCUGCAGAACUGUUGCGCGAUUUCGAACCUGGUGGAUCUGUUAGUGCUGGGGCAGCUUGCUUGGCGGCAUUGCCUAUUUCGGUGAAACAUUUGGUACCCAAACCAUACUCUCUCAUCGAUGAUGAACAGGUGGAAGAUUUUUAUUCUCAAUGCAUGGACCCGGUCGAUAAUUUUUUCCAAUUGAAAAAGUUCGAGACCCUCGUCGACGCUGAAGUUGAAAGGAUAUUGAGGGAAGAGAGCGAUGACGAUGAAGAGGGAGAAGUUGCUGAUGAAUCGGCCUUCAAUUUUUUCGCUGGUCGCCGCAUUAUCCUGGGAGAUCACUACUGGACGGUAAUGAAAAGAACCAAGGACGCCAUUCAGCAUCCAUUCAAACCACCUCCUCCACCUGCUGAAAAUUUUUCUCAACUCAGGCCCAAUAAUCGCAUCAAGGUUAGUCGCAUAAUAAGCAUUGAUCUUCCAAGCCCUCGACCUUCUAUAAAUUAUACGAUGCCAAGUGAUUCGUCACCAGACACAAAUUACCCUCGGAAAAUAAUGGAGCGAAACAAUAUCAAAAUUGACCAUUCGAGUUUUGGGUCAUUGAUAAGCGGAGAAAAGUCAUCGAUUUUAGAAAUCCCGUUCAAGAUUGCCUUUAGCUCGUCCCGGGAUAUGCAUAGAGGAAAAGCAUCAUCAAAGAGAAAAAUAAGUUUUAAAUUGCUGAAGUCAGAAAAGCCAGAUGUCCUGUUGCAAGGAAAUACCCGCAAACAGAGCCAAAUUGAGGACAAACCUAAAUCGGUCCCUCAAACCGUUUUGAAUCCGGAUAAGCAAAAUGCUCUUGUCAUUUUGAAGCAAUUAUGUGACAUUCGAAUGUUACAGGGAUUUGAAUUUGAUCAAUCCUCGUACGGAGAGAUAACGCUAAUUGUUUCGACGGACGAAAGCCCCGAUGGUCUGCUAGCCAAGGACCUGUCGUUUUCAUAUACAUCAGGCAUAUCGAAACGAUCUUUGACGCCAAUAAAACAGCAUCUCGCAUCGUUGGCUCUAGACGCAAUUAUGUAUUCCAGAGAAACGAAGAAUCUCGAUGGGGGCGAUAGUUCUCGGGGGAAGCGAAAGAAAACCCGAUGGUACGAUCUGACGUUCCACCAAUUGAAGGAGUUUUUGGAGCUAUACCAUCCUGCAACAAAGAAAGCAUCUACCAAAAACUUCAAUCUCGAGAAGCAAACUUCGUUGGUGAUCCUGAAACAGCUAUGGGAUACAGGAAUGGUUUCCUAUGAAUUCUACGAGACUCCCGCUUCAGAUGAGGGUCCCGAAACGCAUUCGUUGUCUAUUUCCAUAGGUUCGAAAUUUUCACCGGAAAUCCUUUUUUUUGAACGAACCAGGAACAGCGAGUCCAAGAAAUGGAUCAGACAACAACUAGCGUCUGAGGCUCUCAAUACAAUGAUAAAAGACGAGCGUAGAAAUCCUACAGCACUCAAUUGGUACGACCUUACGUUUAAUGACACGAAGGAUCUGAUCUUGGGUGGUGGUAUUUCUCAAUAAUCACUAAUACUCAAUUCCACAUACUGGUUCUGUCAAGUGCUGUGGAAGAUCGUAUCCACACAACACGUUUUCAAACUGAUAUGCUUUACUGAAGACACAACGAUUAAGUGGACGCAUCGAUGGUAACCCAUGAAAUCCACGUAGCUCCUCAUAAUUGCUCAAUAAAAACAUACGCAUAAA